GCGCGCUGCGCGUGAACUUGGCGCGAGACACUACCGUGUCUCUUGAUGUACUUUGCUCAUCAACCUUCUCCCUCCGCCGAUACAGUACGUCAGCUGAUCUGCAUAAACACGAACUCGCUUGUGAUUACUUGCAAGAAUUAUUUGUGGAAUUAACAAGAACGAACGAGACGUAUUCAUGCACCACGUCAUGAAAUCCUUUCGCGAGGUACUUUCGAACGCCAGCAAUAUCCUGAUUUUAACUGGCAGCGGAAUCUCCGCGGAGUCCGGCGUGCCGACUUUUCGAGGUGCCGGCGGAUUUUGGCGUAAAUAUCAGGCGCAAAAUCUUGCGACGCCGGAAGCCUUCGCGGCGAAUCCUUCGUUGGUCUGGGAGUUUUAUGAAUAUCGUAGACAAUUAGUGAGCAAAGUCAAACCAAAUAAGGCCCACGAAGCUGUAGCCGAGUUCCAAAAGCGCAAAAUGGCAGAGGGUAAAAAAGUGUCAAUUGUUACACAAAAUAUAGAUGCAUUGCAUCAAAAAGCCGGAGCAGAAGAUGUGGUGGAACUACAUGGCUCGCUUUAUAGAACACGCUGCACCAAAUGCCGUAACAUUGCCUUUAAUGAGAAUAUUCCCAUCUGUCCAGCGUUGGCAGGCAAAGGAUCUCCCGACCCGAGCAUUAUGUCCUCUGAUAUUCCAACAGAAGAAUUGCCGCGUUGCGAAGUCCAAAGCUGCAGAGCACUGCUGCGGCCCGACAUCGUGUGGUUCGGUGAACAGCUGGAUGAAAAUGUACUGCAGAAGGCUCUUGACGUUGUCGAAACUUGUGACGCUUGCUUGGUCAUUGGCACCUCGGCGAUUGUGUAUCCCGCCGCAAUGUUUGCGCCGCAAAUAGCACGACGCAAAGUGCCGGUCGCAGAGUUCAAUAUAGAGGAAACACCAGCCACAAAACAAAUGCAGUACCACUUCCAAGGCCCUUGUACUACCACCGUAACAGAAGCAUUGGCGCCUUAAUUGAAGUACAUGAUACGCGAUGCAACAGAUUUUGUGAUAAUGUGAAUAAUUAAUUACCUGGCAAUAGCACACUUCCGUAUUAAGUCCGAGCUGAUUCAAAUACGUCAACCAUAGUUUUUGCUUCGUCGAUAACGAAUCGCCCGGACCUUUUACUUCCACGAUUUUAUACUGAAAAAAAAGAAGACGAGAUAUGUGAAACUGUAACUUCGUGCAAUUUACUUUUGGUAGAAUAUGUAAGGUAUUCUUAAAAUUUAUUUUAUACAAGCUCUUUCGAUUGUAAAUAUAGAAAAUUUAUACACA